AGCGAUUAUCGGUUUCUUGCCGGUUCAAUUGCAGAACUAACCAUAUCCAUUGCGGAAGAAGCACGGAAAACAGACCUUUGUGAGUGUGGGAGAAUGUUGCUAACAGUCAUGAAAGCUGCUGCUGCUUCUACUUCUUAUUCAUCGAAUCUUUGCUUCAAUUUCUCAAAUUUAAACACAACAAAGCAAAGAAGAAGAAGAGUUUCUAUUUGUAAAGCUAGUUUUGCUGUUGACAGAAGAAAUCCCAACAAUAAAUCCAUAUUGAAGCUCAAGCUUGGUUUACCAUUUAACAAAAGAUGUGAUGCUGCGGUAUUUGAUCCGUUACGUAUCAACUCUGAUACAUCUUUCAGUCUUACUGCUGCAUGGGAAAGUGCUGUAGACUUGUUUUCUCAAACAUUUGAGAGCACAUCAGGCACACCGAAAGGCAAACCUUCUUCAGCUCGAGGAGUGGCAGCUGCAAUUGAAGAUAGUUCUAUUGACUUUGGUGACUUCUUCAAAGGUCCAUUGCCGGGAAAGUUCCUAAAGCUCUUAGGUUUUUUGGCUUUAUCCCGACUUGGAAUAUAUGUGCCGUUAGGCGGAGUCAAUCGGGAUGCUUUUGUUGGUAAUUUGGAUCAGAACAGUUUGCUUAGUACUUUGGAUUCAUUUUCUGGAGGAGGAAUUGGACGUCUUGGGAUAUGCUCGCUUGGUAUUGUUCCUUUUAUCAAUGCAUCGAUUGUGUUUCAGCUUCUUCCACAGAUUUAUCCCAAGCUGCAAGAACUUCAGAAGAAGGAAGGAGAAGCUGGAAGAAAGAAAAUUCUUCAGUACACGCGCUAUGCUUCUGUUGGGUUCGCAGUAGUACAGGCUAUUGGUCAAGUACUAUACCUUCGUCCCUAUGUCAAUGACUUCACCACGCAGUGGGUGCUCUCAUCUGUGGUACUAUUAACCCUUGGUUCAGUACUUACAACAUAUAUUGGUGAACGGAUCACAGACCUAAAACUUGGAAAUGGAACAUCUCUUUUAAUCUUUACGAGUAUUAUCUCGUACUUGCCUGCGUCAUUUGGUAGGACAGUUGCGGAAGCAUUUCAGGAUGGGAACUAUGUUGGACUUAUUUCUAUUGUUGUUUCCUUCUUCCUUUUAGUCCUUAGCAUUGUUUAUGUCCAGGAAGCUGAGAGGAAAAUUCCACUUAAUUAUGCCUCAAGAUAUAACACAAGGGGUGCUGGGCUUCAGAAGUCUGCUUACCUUCCCUUCAAGGUAAAUAGCUCUGGAGUGAUGCCAAUCAUAUUUUCAACAUCAUCCCUGGCUCUCCCUGGUACAUUAGCACGCUUCACUGGAAUAUCGGCUUUAAAGAAUGCUGCAGUUGCUUUGAACCCGGGAGGUUCUUUCUAUCUGCCAACCAAUAUACUACUAAUAGCCUUCUUCAACUACUACUAUACGUUUCUGCAACUGGACCCCGAUGAUGUGAGUGAACAGUUGAAGCGCCAGGGUGCAUCAAUCCCUCUUGUCCGUCCUGGGAAAAGUACAGCUGCAUUUAUUAGAACGGUUCUUAGUCGUAUAUCAGUUCUUGGUUCUGCCUUUUUGGCACUACUUGCUGCUGGUCCUGCCGUGGUAGAACAAACAACUCAUUUAGUUGCUUUUCGCGGGUUUGCUGGUACUUCCGUUCUCAUUCUCGUAGGUUGUGCAACGGAUACCGCAAGGAAAGUUCAAGCUGAAAUUAUAUCACAAAAGUACAAGAAUAUAGAGUUCUACGACAUGGAUAACAAGUACUGAUUUUGAAGAAAGAAGAUUUUGAUGCUGAUUACAAAGCCAUGCAGAGACGGUAAACAUUGAGACCUAUUGGAAGCACUUUAUAGUCACUCACGCAUUACGUAAAUAUGUUCUUUUCCUUGUCUUAAUCUUCCAUCAUCAACUGCUCUUAUGAGUUUUUUCUCCUUUCCCUUUCUUCUGUUCUAAAGCAUUUGUAAUGUUCAUAUUUGUAUCUCAUUGUACUGUACAUAAAAUUAGCAGAAGAUUUCAAGCUCUUUACCUUUCUCGUCCUGUCAAUUUAGAAGUUUUUAUGUAAGAAUUCGAGGAGAAAUUGAACUAUUGAAAACCAAGGUACAGUACGUAGAUAAAUCCAACUAUAUUAUUGUGCGACUAUAAUCGUACAUGGUUCAAAGUUCAA